UUCAUAGCAAAUAGUUAUUUCGUCGAUGCAACAUCUAAUUCAUGACAAGUGCUGUUAUCAUUUGUUAAUAAUAACUCAGUAAACAUAUUAUAGGAAGAGUUUAUAUUACCACUAGCUAGUGGAGACUAAACAGUAAAAAAUGGAUAGUCAACUCAUGGGUAAGACAAGUGUAAUAGUGUUGGACAACCACACACCUGGCGAUGUCGCGAAAGCCAUGAUAGAGGACGGACGACAGAAGGAGCCCUUUUACAUAUUCGAUAUGGACGAGGCAUAUCGCCGCGUGGAAUAUUUCAGGAAAAUGAUGCCGAGGGUUGAGAUGUUUUACGCAAUGAAAGCCAAUGACAGUGACAAAAUGAUAAAACUGGCAGCUGCACUAGGACUCGGCUUCGACUGCGCCUCCCCGGGGGAGAUUCGUAAAAUACUGGAGCUUGGUGUAUCACCUCAGAGUAUAAUAUUCGCCGCCCCGUGUAAAACCCCAGAUUGGAUGAUGUAUGCGCGUCAGUCCGGUGUUCGACAUACAACAUUCGACUCUUCAUAUGAAUUGAAGAAAAUCAAACAGUAUUGGUCUGACGUCGGACUAUUAAUCCGUAUCAAGGUUGACAGCGACAGUAUUUAUAAACUUGGAGACAAAUUCGGCUGUGACUUCGAAACGGAGGCUACCGAUUUACUCGACGAAGCGGCUUCACUUGGUUUGAAGGUGGUUGGCGUAGCGUUUCACGUAGGCAGUAGUUGCUCUUCGGCUCAUAGUCACGUAGAGGGGCUGCAAAACGCGCGGGCACUGUUUGACUACGAGCUUCGCGCGGGCAGAGGGAUGAGCAUCGUUGACAUUGGAGGAGGGUUUCUGAGCGAUCGAAAUGAUAGGAUUGAUCAGGUAUCCAAACUAAUAAAUACGACUUUGGAAGAACUAUUCCCGGAGCGGAGCAUACAAAUAAUAGCGGAGCCGGGAAGGUACCUGUGCGAUACCUCGUGCAACUUGUACUGCAAUAUCAACAACAUUCGACGGGUCACACGUGGCGGUGAAAAAGUAAACAUGAUAUACAUGAACGAUGGAUUAUAUGGAUGUUUGAGAUUCAAUGAUCCUCCGCAAACGGUUAAAAGGUUUGGGAGACCUGAAGGUGUAAUAAAUGAGAAGCUAGAGAAAACAAUCUUAUGGGGUCCCAGCUGCGACUCCACUGAUCGAGUUAUGGAAAAUAUGGAAAUUAUGUUACCAGCUUGCACUCCUCUUGAUUGGUUGAUAUUUACUCCACAAGGGGCUUAUACCUUUGGAUUCGCAACUCCAUUCUCAUGCUUGCCGAAACCUCAGAUGCGAUCAGUUGUAUCACAACAAUUGUGGGCUAAACUGAAAGACAGCAAAGUAUUCAAUCCAGAGGAUUUUGAACAAAAUCCAGAUAUAUCUGCACCGCUUCCUUCGUCCUUACCUCCGUUAAUAAAAAAAUCAACCUUUUUAAAAUCAUAUACUUUAAAAACUAACUAAAUUAAUUGUUAAAUCUCAUCGAUUCCGCCGUUGCGAGCCAAAUUGAUGUAUGUAGUUAAGUUCAAAGACUUCUAUGUAUUAAAUUAAAUUAUUGUAUUAAA